UUUCUGUACCCAUCAGAACACUACCUAUCUCACUCUCAAUCACCACUACCAACACAGCAUAACAGAAAAACUUCUGCCAACUUCUAUCCAUCCACUCUGUACCCUAAGCCCGGCUUCCUUCUUCAAUGCUUUCUUUCUUUAUUCUCUAAUCAAUUUCUCACACCAAAAUCUAACCUUUAAUUCACCAACCAUUUCCCAAACACUGCACACAUACUCACAUAAUUAUUUAUAUAUUACAUUUGUUUCUGUGGGAAUGGCGCAGCCAAGUUCUGAUCGCUUGUCAUCUACUGGUAUGGCAACGGAUUCUGUGCUUGACUCUGCUGAAGCUUUAAACUUUUUGAUUUUGAAUACUAAAGAAAAAAUCAUCAAUCCAAACAUGUUGAAUAGUCAGGAUGUUGUUCCAAUCGGUUCUCAGAGAGAUAUUGUUGAUCAAUCAUUGGCUUUAGGUUCUGUUGGAUAUCAGAAGACAGGAUAUGUAUCCAAUGCCUAUUCCUCUCAGCCACCAUUAUUGUACAAUGGAAGUUCUGACAAUGCAGCUGGUAAACAGGGUACAUAUCUUCCAUAUAUUAAUCAUGAAGUCCUGGAAAAUGAUUCUCAUAUACAAGGCAUUCACAAUGAAUCUUCAUCUGUUGCAUAUCAUGGUUAUGGAUACAGCCCUCAAAUGCUACAUAAACCAUAUGUUCCUGUCACGAGACAGCUUUCUGCCAGGAAUCAUGGCCAUUUGUACAAUGCUAGACAAUUUUCUACCUCUGAUCCAUUUUCUUUCCAGCAAAAUAUAUCUCCAAAUUCAUACAUUCUUUCACCAACUCCGGUUUCUCAAGCAAAGUUACCAGUACCCAUUGAUCUCCAAGGGGAUAGCAAAAGAUCUGGUCUGAGACCUAAUUACCCGGCUCCACUGGGAUCUUCUGGUAGGGGAGCAAACUUUUUUGGAAACUCUGAUGGGCUUGGUUUGUUGCACCAGGGGUUUGAGGGACCUGAAGUUGGCGGAUUAUGGUCAGAUUGGUUGAAUCCCUCAGAUGGGAAAAGUUGCAUGCUUCCAUUGUCUUCACCAACUUAUCUGAAACCAAUUGGGUCACUAGAGUUGUCUCAGGAUGAUUUUGGACUAGCUUCUCUACAGAAAGGAUCAUUUUAUGGCUUUGGAUCUUGUUCAGGCUCCAGCUACAGGGGUUGCUCUCACCAUCAAAGUGAUCGAUCCUCUGAUUAUGGAAGUGUCUCCACUUCUACCAUGGGAGUGGACGGUCAAAGCUGGCCCACACUCACUGAAGCAAGACAAAGAGGAAGAUGCAAUGACUUCUCAUGUAGCUGUAGUGCCACACUUGAUAUGCUAAGUGAGCGAAAUAGAGGACCAAGGGCAUUUAAGCCAAAAAUUCGGACAAUAGUAAAUGGGUCUGCUGUUGGUGAUAGCAAGAAUUCCAUUAUUGAUGACCUUCUUAGGGACUCUUACAACAGAUUGGAUUUUAUCACCAGCUACAAAGAUGCAAAGUUCUUCAUCAUCAAAUCUUAUAGUGAAGAUAAUGUUCACAAGAGUAUAAAGUAUGGUGUCUGGGCUAGCACCCCAAAUGGCAACAAAAAGUUGGAUUGUGCUUAUCGUGAAGCAAAGGAGAAAGAGAGGAUGUGCCCAAUCUUUCUGUUAUUUUCGGUGAAUGCUAGUGCCCAGUUCUGUGGUGUGGCAGAGAUGGUGGGACCUGUAGACUUUGACAAGAAUGUAGAUUAUUGGCUGCAGGAUAAGUGGUCUGGACAGUUCCCUGUUAAGUGGCACAUAAUUAAGGAUGUUCCCAACAGUCAGUUUCGUCACAUUCUACUUGAAAAUAAUGACAACAAACCAGUUACUAAUAGUAGAGAUACUCAAGAGGUAGAAAUGGAACAGGGGAUGGAGAUGUUAAACAUUUUUAAGAACUAUGAAACGUAUUCUUCCAUCCUAGACGAUUUUUACUUCUAUGAGAAGAGGCAGAAAGCUAUACAGGAAAGGAAGGCAGGACAGCAAGCAAGUCUUGUGGCUCCUCCAGUGGUAGUAGUUAGUGAACAACAAAUUCCAAUUUCACCAUCUCCUGACUCCGUCAAGAGAAUGUCUAAGAGCUUUGCUGAAGCCGUGUCAUUGACCGAGCAUGAAAAAGAACUUUCAACUGUUGGGAAGGUUGUCUCUUCCGCAACUACCUCUGUUCCCCAUGGAAGUUAAACUAUGACAAUUGCCAUCAAACUAAUCGGAUAGGUAGGAACUUAUCUUCUUGGUGAUUUCAGCAGACAAUUAUAAAACUGAUACACCGUGCUGCAGAUAUAUUUUUUCAACGUUCGCAUUUCGAUAUUUUCUGCUACAAAAGUUUCAAAAAGGUGUCUUUUUGAAAUGGUUCUAUAUUCAUAGGUUUCAAUGAUUUUACAAGAUUCUUUUCAUUGUUUCCUAAAGUAAAUUUAUAUACUCCCCCAAUAGGUUUUAUAUUGUAUUCUAUAGCCUCGUUAGAGCAAAUAUUUGAAGCCAUGGGUUCAUUUAUACCUUCAGUAAAGAUCUCCAGCUUGUGGAGUUGAUGAACUGAAGGAAUUUGUGCAUAUUAUUUUCGUUUCUCAUUUUCUUGAGGCCUCAUAGUGGAAUAUUCGCACAAUAACUCA